CGCGUCGGUUCGCGCACAGGUAAAAGAACGUCUGGAGGAGGGGGAGGUGGUGCCAUUGCGCACACGGCGCUAAACCCCCUGCGCAAACCGAUCCGCGCUCCGCAGCAGCCUGUGCGGAUGAACGUGGAGGGAGAUGACCGCUGGCCGCUUUCAUGCAACAUAUGCUGGAAGAUUAAUGGAGCUCUGCAGGAGGAUCUGAGGUCUGGCUUGGAGUUGGAGACAGUGCGCGUCAGGCUUGGACACGAGCACAGAUCUGGAGAGCUGCUGCUUGCACCGUUUACUUGCGGUUUUACUUCUUCUUUUGCGUUUAUUUUUUUUUUUCUAAACUAAUUUCUUCUUGUGAGGCUCUUUUUUUCCCAUCUGACAUGGAGGAGAGUGUGCGUCUCGGGCAGACCGUGAAAGUUUCGCCCUGAUACAUCUCCUUCUCUGAACUAUCCAUCCUAUUAUUUUUUCUUGUGCGUUUUUUUUUUUUUCUUUAAUUGUCAGAGUUUAACGCUGCGGGAGGUUUGAAACGACAGGAGGAAAUGGCCGGCGAGAGGAAACCGCGGCUGUGUGUCAUGGCUAAAGGGGACAGCGGGUAUGGGUUUCACUUGCACGGCGAGAAGGGGAAGAUCGGACAGACGAUCCGUAAAGUGGAGCCCGGAUCGCCGGCGGAAGCGUCGGGGCUGCGCGCGGGGGAUAAAGUGGUGGCGGUGAACGGGGUGAACGUGGAGAAGGAGACGCACCAUCAGGUGGUGCAGCGGAUCAAGGCCGUGGAGAAUGAGACCAGGCUGCUGGUGGUCGACCAAGAGACGCUAGAAAGCCUUCGCAGCCUCGGCCUCACGGCCACAGAGGAGAUGGCCAUUGUGGGGAGCGGACCUCUUUCUUCCGCCUCCUCCUCCUCCUCCUCACCCCCAGCCUCCCCCUCGCCUGCGCCGUCCUCCACCAACAAGAAGCCUGAGAACGGCUCAGUGUCCAAGCAGCCCGUGGCCCCCAGCGGCCCGGUGCAGAAGCCCACCAGGAGGUCGCCGUCUAAGGCUGCUAAGAAGGAGGUCCAGGCUGAAGAUGUCCCAGACGACGCGUCCCAGUCCCAGUCCCAGUCCCAGUCCCGGCCUCGCGCCGACCCGUCCGACCUCGUCCCCCGCCUGUGCCACCUGGUCCGGUCCGAGACGGGCUACGGCUUCAACCUGCACAGCGACCGGUCGCGCCCCGGCCAGUACAUCCGCUCCCUGGACUCGGGCUCGCCGGCCGACCACGCCGGGCUCCGGCCACAGGACAGACUCGUGGAGGUGAACGGCGUGAACAUCGAGGGAAUGCGACACGCCGACGUCGUGGCCUUCAUCAAGAAAGGCGGCGACGAGACCUGGCUCCUGGUGGUGGAUCCGGACACAGACGAACACUUCAAGAGGAGAGGAGUGACUCCCACGGUCAGCCACGUCAAAGACUACGACGGUCCGUCCAUAUCCAACGGCUCCCCCAGCCCUCACAUCAACGGCAGCUCCACUACACAGUCCAUCAGGUCCACGCGCUCCGACCUCAGUAGCCAAGGCAACAGCACACAGCUGGCGGACGACGAUGGCGGCCGACUGGACCCGUUCGCCGAGAUGGGCCUGAGUCUGAGCGCGACGGCGGCCGAGGAAAAGAUGAAGGUUCACCGCAAAGAGAAGAGGAAGGCGCCGCAGAUGGACUGGAUGAAGAAGCACGAGCUCUUCAGUAACUUCUGAGACAUUCGCCCUGCACGGACACUGCAGACACCAAAGGACAAAGGUCUCUGCAGCCGCUCUGAGUGGAGUUUAUCACGGGGACAGCGUCUCUUAACGUCGUAUUCACAUAUUUUUUCUAUUAUAUAUUUUUUCUAGUGAAAGAACCAAGACGACCCAUACGACAGAAGAUAAUUCACUCCAGGAAUUUAAAUGUGAUGAAAGGAUUUUACUUUUUAAGCCACUUCUGACUUUCUUCCACCAAAAAAAAAAAAAAAAACUGUCGGGAAUAUUGCAGUAUUCACUAACCCCCCCCCCUUGCCUUUCCUCUACUUCAAUAAUCCCGUCCUCUCUACUCCCAGACUUGUUUCGAAGGCUAUUUUUGUAUUUAAAAACAUGUAAGCAGCUCUAAAUAAACAGCAUCCCAUCGUCGUGGACUGCAUCCGAAAGUUUUAUAGACACUGUGACGGUAAUGAUUGUGGGAAAAUCGGCAGAAGAUCACUGUGAAAGAGUUGAGACCAUCUAGGCCCAUGCAUAACCCUGUUUAAUGUUAACAAAGGAAAUGAAGGUUGUGUAUUUGUGUAACACUGAGUUAAUUAAACAUGUAGGGAAAAGCUGAAAUGAUUAAAAAAAAAAAAAAAAAAAAGCUUUUGCUUUGUUCAGAAGAAAUUUAAUAACCACUCAGAUAUAAUAAGAGUAAAAAAGGUAUCAUUCACUUUGAAGUUAUCACUAAAGGAAACAGUGGACAUGAGAACAGAGGACGUUUCUCAGGGACGAAGGCUUCAUGUGGACACUAGAGGGCGAGCUUACAACACAAACAGAGACCAUGUCCAUCAGGAGAGACAAGCUGUAAUGUGAUGGACUUUGAAGACAAGUUGGUAAAAGUGAAGGCAGAAAAUAUGCUGUUGUGAUUUCAUAACCUGGAAAACGUAACUUCUGGCCAAUUAUUCACUAUUAUAAGUCAGUAUUAAUGAAUUAAUUAAUUAUUAUUAGAACGCGUCCCCUUUUAAGAAGAUUGUGAAGAGUGCAGCUUUUAUAAAUCAUGUUUUUGAAAAGGAUUAAGUGAGUGCGAAGGGAAAUUAGGAAGCCAUUGUUGUGUGCUACAUGCUAAAUAUAACACUACAGCUAGCAGCAGGUUAGCCUAGCUUAGCACAAAGAUUGGAAACAUGAGCUGACUUUUAAUUACUAUGCUACAUGCCAUUUGUUUUUGUUUCCUUAUUUAAGAGUUUUAACAACUUGACAAAGCAACACUAGCAGUUUCCAUGUGUUUUCAGUGUUUGUGCUAAGCUAAGCUAUGCUAAGCAAUGUAAGGCUAUUUCUAUUAGCAUCCUAUUUGUGAGAUUGUGGUUAUGACAAGGAAGUCACAAAAUGAUAGCAAAUGCUAUCAGUUUCCACGUGUUCUCGGUGUUUCUGCUAAGCUGUUUCCCAUUAGCGUCACAGUUAACUGGUAUUUAUUGGUAUUAAGAUUUUCAGACAGAUUGGACAAGACAAAAAAAAAAAGCCAAGACAUUUGCUCAUCACAGUUUCUACGAACUGACCUUAAUGCAGCUUUAAAUUUGAAACUUAGCAGCAAGUUAGCUUAGCUAGGCACUGAACAGCUGGGAUGUGCUGAAGGACAUGUUGAAUUUAAAGAGAUUCUGAGUCAGGACAAAAAAGCCAGACACAUAUUAAACUAUUGAGCUGAACACAGCUGUGAAUUUGAAGCGCUGCCUACCUGCUAGUUAGCUUAGCUUAGCAAGAGUCUGGAACUAAAACUGAUUCCAUGCAUCAAGCUUCAUAUUUACUUGUUGGAAGUUAACUAUAUAAUAUAAAAAAAAUCUAAUUUUCGGGACUUUUGAAACACAAUCAGCGUUUGGUAGAAACAUUUGAACAACUUUCUAAUUAACAUGCUAUACAUGCUACACCUUAUGUCGUUUAGAAAAUGGUUCGAUUAGUUAAAGAAAUUUUGAGGCUGAGUGGACAAGUUUCAAAAUCUAAGACAUUCACAAACAACUGGACUGAACACAGCUGUACUAGCAGCAAGUUAGCUUAGCUUAGCAAACUGAAAGGGAAACAGUUAACCAAGCUUUCUGUGUAACGCGCUGAAGGACAUGUUGAAUUUAAAGGGAUUUGGAGACAGCAGAGACAUUCACUAGUUACAUGUUUGUGCAGCAGUAAAUUUGAAGCUUUAGCUAGCCGCAAGUUAGCUUAGCUUAGCAAGAGACUGGAACAAAAGGGGAAACAAUUAACUCUGCUUUCUAUUUUAUGUGUUAAAGACACAUUUUUAACAAUUUUCCAGACAGACUGACACAAGAGCCGAGACAUCUGAAGGAAUAAAUAAAAGAACACGUUGCACAAACCAAACUUUUCAGUUGACAUUUGUGACAUUUGAGACAUAAAGGCUAAUACAUCAGUCAUCUGAGGUAUUUUUAACAACUGGAUGGAGUCAUGCUAGCAGCCCCCCCACCUCCCCACCAACACCCCCACGUUUCCAGUCUUUGUGCUAUGCUAAGCUAAGCUAAGCUGCUCCCAGUUGCUUCACGGGUUUAUUUUCCCACAAUGCCGAAUUAUUCCUUAAGCCACCUAAAGCUAAAUGUUCUACAGGAUCCUGCAUGUGUCUGACGCAGGCCGGUUCUGGGAUCAGCUACAACACGAGCAGCGUGUUUGGCUGCCGGUGCGGCGGCGGAGGCUUCGGGUGGAGGGAGUGUCGGAGGAGCCCACAGUGAAUUUCAGAGAUGCUCUGGAGGAUCUAGGGGAAGAGACUGUGGGAGCCAUGGAGCUUACGGAGGAUUAUAACUCAAACAGGGACAGCUGUCACACUCAUGCUCGCACAUGUUUGUGUGUGCAGAGAAGGUGGAAGUGCAGCAAUACAAGCCACGUUGACAUAAUGCAAUUACUGGAGAGAUGGAUUUUUUUUUGUACUCAUUUGCACCCUCAGUCUUUCCAUUCAUUGAUCUUCAUGUUCUGACACUCAUGUACAUACAGCAAAAGCAUAUCUAUGGCAAGUUGCAUUUUUCAAUAAAGUGUGACAUGGCG